AUGGCUGCCAAGUGGCUCAAUAGUGUAGAUGUCGAUUUUGGGGUUCAAUUCCCGAGAUUGAGUAUGCGUGCGGUACAUGGGUUCGUGCGUAGUUUGAAGGUUGAGCCACAGGAUCUCUUUGGCCUAGUUGCUGCAUACACCUCAAGUUUUUUGUCCCAACACAGUGGUAUCGUCAGGACGGAAUUGGAAGGGAAAGAAGUUAAUGUAGUCAUCAGGGACAGUAAUAUUCAGGAGAAAUUUGUCAGAAUUGCAGGGAUUCCACAGAAUCUAGACUUGGGAGUAGUAAAGACACGUCUGAAGGAAUUUGGAACCAUAAUUGAUGCUCGUUGGGAACGCUAUCAGGUGGCAGAGGAUGACGUUUUAUACCCUGUUCUUGCCACUUGGAUGAUAGUACGAAUGACGUUGACUAAGAAUAUUCCCUCAUAUAUUACUAUUGGCAGCUAUCGUGCCAUGGUAAAGUAUGAGGGACAAAAACUUACUUGCAGACUGUGUGACGACGAAACCCAUUUUAGCUACAACUGCCCAACUUUGAGACGUAAUAAGGAAACUAUCAAUGUCCAAAAGCCCAGUAGUAAAAUGACAAAAAAGACAGAGACAGUUCCGGAAAAACCCGUCCCUCUACCCUUAGAUGUAGACCCCAUGUUUUCUAAGGCCUUUCUUGAGUGUGGAUUACAAAGUUCACUCUUAGGGAGGACUCCCAACUUAGAAAUUUCUCCCACCGAACAACCCGUUAAAUCCACAGACGACUCACCACGACAGACUCCACCAGCCCAAAUGAUAAUCCCUGAAACGCAACCUGAUGACUCAGAACCAAUGACAAUUUCCAUGGAACCAGUGGAACCCAAUUUGGGGGAAGUUGAGCCCAUGGAAACUGACAAAACAAAUAUCGUGGGACUUCAAGAGGUAGCAUUUCAUUCUUGUCCAAUUAUUGAAAGUCGCUACCGUUUGUUGGCAAAUGUCGGUCCCAACAAAAAUGGAACAGCCAUUCUCAUUAGACAGGGUCUGGACUAUUCUCGAUUACUUCUAGAACCCGACGGAAGGCUCAUAUCUAUUGACUUGGAAUGUUUCACGUUUAUUAAUAUCUAUGCCCCGUCAGGUAGUCAUGUAAAAACUGGGAGAAACAACUUUCUUCGUCAAACCGUCCCUGCAUAUACAAUAACUACUCGACUGCCCUUCGUGUUGAUGGGCGAUUUUAACUGCGUAGACGACAUCCAAGAUAAGGCAUCCUCCGACUCCUUCACUUCCCAAAGUAAUAUCGCCAGCUAUGCUUUGAAAGAGAUGGUUACUGGUCUUGAUCUGGUAGAUAUCUGGAAAAAGCUAAAUAAAAGUGAACCGGGGCACACUUUUUACCAUCCCUACGGUUCUUCUCGGCUUGAUAGGAUAUAUGCUAGCCGAUCUUUUGCAGAGAAUUUUUUAAAUAUUUAUUUGCAAUCUUUGUCGGUUAGUGAUCAUCAAUCGGUACAAUCCACGUUUACCUGCAAUCUCGAUCUCCCACAUCGUACUAGAUCCCCUGCUGGUUUGUGGAAAUUAAAUACUUCCAUAUUGUCAGAAAAAGGCUAUCAAAACUAUGUAAAAAAUUGUAUUCAUGAAUCUGCCAAUCAUCCUCUUAGGGAAAGUAAUGUCGCAAAUUGGUGGGAGAGUGUCCUGAAACCAGGUAUCAAACGCAUUUCGGUAGAUUAUUCUAAGCAAAGAGCUAGAAUGAUUAGGGAAACGAAGUUUUUCUACCAGUCCUGCAUUCAGGAGAUGACUGAAGCAGAUACCUUUGAUUGGGGAAACUCUUACGUCAUCGCAGGGCCGAGCGGCGAUCAGGCUAAUUCCCAAGUCUUCAGGGCUCUGUGGAAUUUCUAA